UCACGCCAUCUGCUUUACUAGAGUGGCGUAAUUUACUUUGCAAUCAUCCGUCAAUCGGCAUAAUAUAACCUAACAAAGCAGUAAAGACUUUAAAUAUUAUGUAUUUUGAAUCCAAUAAAUAUGACGACUUCUUCAUAAGAGAAGUAUUAUUGAUAUGAUUUCAAAAAAAAUUAUCUCAGUAAUGUCGAAAGAUAUGGAUCCAAAAGAUAAUGAAAACAGAAUGCCUAUGAAGGUCGUGGAUCGACCUACGUUUAUAUUGAAAACCCGAGAAGGGGAGAGCAGGGCUGUGUCACCGAAUCAGCGUAAUGGGAAUAAAAAAGAAAACGAUAGUCAAUCUGCGAUGGCAACGAAACUGACGGACCCGCGUACCGUGGUCACGAUGUGUGCCGAAAUGAAAAGUUGCAUCAAAUUCAUGGACGAGAAUAUGCAGCUGUGUGAAAACCCUUUAGAAUUUUUAUACGAUCAACAAGAUUUUCUAGUCGUAGGGAGUCUAGGAGCUCAAGGAGUUGGAAAGUCAACUAUCUUAUCACUUCUAACUUCCAAUUAUGCACCUGAUGUGUUUCCUGUCCAAAGUCUUUCCCAUCACGAAAGCGGGGCCAACUGUACUAACGGCAUCGACUUUUUUGUAACUAAGAAUAGAGUAAUUUAUUUGGACACGCAACCAAUACUGUCUGCUUCCGUAAUAGACUACACCGCAUCGUUUGAUCAGAAAAAAAGUCCUACUGAUUUUGUUAACGUUGAAACCAACUUAGAAUUGCAGUCGCUGCAAUUUGCAGCAUUUCUGUACUCAGUAUGCCACAUCGUUAUAUUUGUACAAGACUGGUUUGUGGAUCCCAACAUAGUCAGGUUUCUACAAACUGCAGAAAUGUUAAAACCAUCGACCACAAAUAUGGACCAAGAUUACGUUGAAUACUAUCCACAUCUUUUGUUUCUGCAUAACAAAGCCGAAGUUCAAGAUUUCAUGCCAAGUUCUAUAGAAACAAUGAAGGACUUUUACAACAAAGUGUUUGCCAGUUCACGAUUGCAAACACACAGCGGUUUGGACAUGAGUUCCACAUCCACGGAAGGACAAUUGAAUUUAUUUUUGAUUCCAGAGAUCAAACCUGAUGAAGAAACAUUGAUCGGUGAAAAUGAAAAACAUCUUAUCGAAAAAUUAAGGAUGAAAAUACAUGGAGUUUCUAGAAGCGCAAUGAUGCCCUCCUCGUUAACAGAAAAGAAUUGGUAUCAUUACGUAUCUAAAGUCAUGGAUGCUAUAAAAAAGAGCCACCUUUCUUCCGAAUAUGGAAGAUUGAUGCCCUAAUAUUAAACUAGGGUUGACGUGUCUCAAGUUUCUACAAGCGAUUUCAUUGAUCUCAUUCGCUUCGGAUGAAAGUAGGUGUAUAAAUUCAGUGCAACAAUUUAACAAGAGCUCUCUCGAUUCAUUUGCUACGCGCACGUGGGGUAAGAUCUCCUUAAUCAUCUUGUUGAUGGAUGCUCGAGGUAAUGUG